GCGCCACACACGCACCGCCCGCCUCCGCGCUCUCCCGCUCCUCCCUCCUUUCUCGCUGGUUGGCACGCGCGCCGCACAGCGCCGCGGCGGCAGGAGGAGCCGGGCCCUCCCGCCCCGCAUAUUCACCGAGCUCCAGGCGCGGCGCGCACUCUCAGGUGGCGGCGGCGGCGGCGGUGACAGCGUCAGUGACAGCAGCGGCGGCAGCAGGCAGCGCACACCCUCUCCCCGACGCCGCCGCGUCCCGCCUCCGCUGCGCCGCGGAACCCCGGCGGCCCCCGGCCCCCCGCCGGCCCCGACGCGCACCACCGAGCACCGCGCACUGCAGCGGCCGCCGCGGCGGCUCCAAGCCCUGCCGCCCGCCAUGAAGAAACUGGCGAGGAAGGGAUGCGACCACAGGCGCUUCCUGAAGAAUAACUGGCUGCUGCUCUCCACGGUCGCCGCCGUGGUGCUAGGGAUUGGCAUAGGAGUCUUGGUUCGAGAAUACAGCAAGCUCUCUAAUCUGGAGAAGUUCUACUUUGCCUUUCCUGGAGAAAUCCUAAUGAGGAUGCUGAAACUCAUCAUUUUACCACUAAUUGUAUCCAGCAUGAUCACAGGUGUCGCUGCAUUGGAUUCCAACGUAUCUGGGAAAAUUGGGCUGCGUGCUGUUGCAUAUUAUUUCUGCACCACUCUCAUUGCUGUCAUUCUAGGUAUCGUGCUGGUGGUGACCAUCAAGCCUGGUGUCAGCCAGAAAGUGGGUGAAAUUGACCGGCAAGGCAGCAGCCCUGAAGUCAGUACGGUGGAUGCCAUGUUAGACUUGAUCAGGAAUAUGUUCCCUGAGAACCUUGUCCAAGCCUGUUUUCAGCAGUAUAAAACCACGCGGAAAGAAGUGAGUCCUCCCAGUGAGCCAGGGAUGAAUAUGACGGGAGCAUCUGUCACAGCCGUCAUGACAACUGCUGUUGCCAAGAAUGAAACAAAGGAAUACAAAGUCGAAGGCAUGUAUUCAGAUGGCAUCAAUGUCCUCGGCUUGAUUGUCUUUUGCCUUGUCUUUGGACUUGUCAUUGGAAAAAUGGGAGAAAAGGGACAGAUUCUGGUGGAUUUCUUCAAUGCUCUGACUGAUGCAACCAUGAAAAUCAUUCAGAUCAUUAUGUGUUACAUGCCGAUCGGUAUUUUAUUCCUGAUUGCCGGAAAGAUCAUAGAAGUUGAAGACUGGGACAUAUUCCGCAAGCUGGGCCUUUACAUGGUCACCGUCCUGACUGGGCUUGCAAUCCACUCCAUUGUAAUUCUCCCACUGAUAUAUUUCAUUGUGGUAAGAAAGAACCCUUUCCGGUUUGCCAUGGGGAUGGCCCAGGCUCUCCUGACGGCUCUUAUGAUCUCUUCCAGUUCAGCAACCCUGCCUGUCACUUUCCGCUGUGCUGAAGAAAACAACCAGGUGGACAAAAGGAUCACUAGAUUCGUGUUACCCGUUGGUGCUACAAUCAACAUGGACGGGACUGCACUCUACGAAGCAGUAGCAGCUGUGUUCAUUGCACAGCUGAAUGACAUGGACUUGAGCAUUGGGCAGAUCAUCACUAUCAGUGUCACAGCCACAGCUGCCAGCAUCGGAGCUGCGGGUGUACCCCAGGCUGGCCUGGUGACCAUGGUGAUCGUGCUGAGUGCUGUGGGCCUGCCCACUGAGGAUGUCACCCUGAUCAUCGCUGUCGACUGGUUCCUGGACCGGUUCAGGACCAUGGUGAAUGUCCUUGGUGACGCCUUUGGGACGGGCAUCGUGGAGAAGCUCUCGAAGAAGGAGCUGGAGCAGAUGAGUGUUGCAUCUGACGUCAACUUCACGAACCCCUUUGCUGUGGAAACCACAGCACUCGAUAAUGAAGACUCAGACGCCAAGAAGUCCUAUGUCAACGGAGGCUUUGCCAUCGACAGAUCUGACACCAUCUCAUUCACCCAGACCUCACAGUUCUAGAGCCCUAGCUUCAGGUGACUGGGAAUGAGGAAGGACCGCUCUUAGCAAAUUCAAACAUUAAGGAAAAGAAGAACACUAAUGGCCAAUUGUACAUUUGACCUGAUACACAGACCUCCAGACUAUUUUCUAUAUUUGGAUUCGGAGCUUUGGCUCUCUAUGUUCUGGGACUUGGGGGUGGGGUAAGAGAAAAGGAAAUUGAUGAAAAGGCAAGCUAUCUUAUCUGGAGUUUUUAAAUUCUACAAGAGACAAAGUUUAGAAGUAUAGAACAUAGCAGUUGUUGGAAUUAGGUAACAGCUGUGAAAGCGCAAUUGCUUUCUCACGCACAGACCAGUGUUUUGGGUUUUUAAAAAACUAUUCUGUCAGUGACUACACGUUUUUUACUCAGGCUUUCUAUUGGCAUGGAUUUCCUUUGAUGUCUCACAUUUUUUAUAGAUUAAAAUGCAUCCAAACCAUCCCCCUUUCCCGGUUAAUGUGCCAAAUUGUCCAUUUUGAACUCAUCCCCAGCCAAUUUCAAAGAAACUGCUUUGAAAGAAAACAGAUCAGCACAGUUCUGCAAUAACAGUUUUAAGAUGAGUGUCACGUUUGUGGGGAAGGUAGAUCCUUUUUUCAAUGUACUGUACUGGGACACUGGUUAACUAUUAACCCAGUGUUCAGUGUAGAACUAGAUAAAUAUAUAUAUGUAUGUAUAUAUUAUUUUCAUAUAAUUUGCCAGACAGAGAUCAGAAUGGAACAGUCAAUGUGAAAUAAAGAGCUCUCCUAAUACUUGAAUAUUAACUAUGAUUCCAAUCCAGACCUACUCUGGGGCUUAUCAGAACUCCUCUCUCAGGAGCACUACACUGAGAAAUCAUGUUGUUUGAUCAUUUCUGCCCCAAAGCAGAGAUGUGUUGUGGUGAUACUCUGAGGUGGCAUAGCCAUUCAUUACGACUUCCAAAUUCUCCUGCUCGGAGGGAGUCAUAGCAGCUGUAUGUGAGAUUAUGUUCAAAGGUGUCACUCACAUAAGGCUGGAUGUGUUUUUAUCCAGCUGGAAGGCUUCAUUCUUCCAAGGUCAGUAAUACAGACUUAAAAAUGAUAGUCCUUUGCCCUUUUGUACCCAUCAGGGCCCAAGCAACAGUGGCAAGCUGCCAGAUAACUUGUAUUUCAAUACGAAUUUGGUAAGUUGAACAAGCCACAUUACACAGAAAAGCACUAUCCCUUCCCUGGAUUCUUGCAGAGUAACUCCCACAACCUGAGACGUUGGGAUCAGUGGUUCAGGAAAAUCCUUCUCUUGUGUGGCACUUGUGUGGCACUUGUGUGGCACUUGGGUCUUCCUCCAGGGAGGAUUGUUUUGACCGACUAGCAGUCUAGUGAUCUUGGCCCUGCUCCUUAAAAUCCAUCAUUUGCCAUUCUCCUGCUAAUUUAUGAAGUUAUCUUAUUAAAGUCUGUGCUUCAGCUCACAAUUUGUAAAUAAUGCUUAACAUGACUUUUGUAUUUACACUGAAAUCCAAAAUACUUGUGCUUCUGCAGUAUUGAGUAGCCAGUUUAAGCCUGUGCUUUCCUAUUUAAGAAACCAGAAAUUGUGCCAAAGAGCAUGGAGACAUGAAUACAUGCUCAGUAUUGACCACCUGCACCUGAAGACUACAGGAGAAUGAUACUGAAUUGUCCCGUAAAUAUCAUAAAUAUGACCCAGUAAUUCAAUGUGAGUUUUUAAAUGCAAAGAAUGGAAUUGUUUAUAGAAAGUCGAUCUAAAUAUAAUGCAGUUGAGUCGGUAAUUUAUCUUGGGCUGAAUGGUUCUACCCCCUUGGCAGGUUUCUCUGAUUUGAGGCACCAGAGUUGCAGAGCUGUUCAUGAACUGCAGGUCAUCCUUAUUUUGGAGUCCGUUUGUAACUGACCUCUUAACACACUGUGCUGUCAACUCAUCAAAGAGAACAAUGUUCCAUUUCAGUCUCAAUAAACAUUUCCAUCAUUCUUUCUUC